AGCAAAAUUCAUUGCCCGAUAUAAGUUAACCGACCCUUCCAUAUUAUUAACAUUAACCUCUGAUAAAAGACAGGAGGCAUUUUUUUUGCAAUAGUUAAACGACCGCUAACUACUUGCUAGUAAAAAGCAGACAAAAUAUAUCAGCAAAAAUUCAAACAAAUCUCAAACCAGCUUAUGAGCGCAUUGUUUCAUGCUUUUUUUUCUUCAGCGUGUGUAAAAAGCGCCUAUACGCAGAAAACGAUGUUGCCGGGAAAACAAGCUCCGGCUCGGCGUCGCGUCGUCCGUGCCUUGUAUAUAGUCACUCAUCGGAAGAAAAAUCACUCCUCCUGCCACGCGAUCCUCUCGUCCACUCAAUAACCCGUUCAAUCAUCGUCGGAUCGCGGGCUCUGGCGGUUGGCCGAGUAGCCUAUCUGGUGGAACUCCAGAUAGCAGAGCGUUUUCAGUUCUAUCCGCGCUUUCGUAACGAUGAGGUGGUACUUUCUUCGGGCCUUCGGUGGAAUCAGUUGCUGGCGCGCUAAGACUAAAACAUGCUGCUGAUGUAAAUACAGUGGAUAGCAAGAUUUGGAUAACAGCAGCCGAAUCCUGAGACUGUGGUCAUAUAUAUUUAUAACAAUUAGGUUUAUGCUAAGUUGAGUUGACGUUUUUAGAACCAGGGAUCGUAUCGUGAAGUUAUUAUGAAUAUGUUGGUGCGCCUUUUAUUGAUCCUAUCGCUGUUAGCAGAGACGUGGUGCCUGUUGUCUGGUAGUAUUUUUGAUUUAAACUUCUUGAAGUGCAUGUGGAAAAAAGACUAUGACUGCCCUCAUGAGGACAUACGAUUUUUCCUCUACACAACUGCUAACAAACGAGGCAGAGUGGUGGAUAUGAACAGACCAAAGACAUUCUUCAAAGCCGGCUUCAAGCCCCACCGGGAAACAGCCAUCAUUAUUCACGGAUUUAAUGGCACCCAAACCAGCCGGCACAUCAUGUAUCUGAAGGAUGCUUACCUCUCUCGCAAGUUCAACGUGCUCGCCGUGGAUUGGGAGAGGCUUUCCCGGUACCCUUGUUACCUGUCGUCGCUAUCAAACACGAAGCUAGUCGCGCAGUGCACAGCACAGAUGUACUCCUUCCUCACCCUGGCCGGUAGCCGCAGCAAGCAGAUCACGUGCGUGGGUCAUUCACUUGGGGCCCAUAUCUGCGGUAUGAUGUCGCAUCAUUUGACCAAGCGUCAAUAUAAAAUCAUAGGUUUGGAUCCAGCGCGACCGCUAAUUGAGAAGCACGCUUCAAAUCGAUUUCGCUUGACACAGGAUGACGCCCAAGUGGUGCAGAUUAUCCACACAAACGCAGGUUUCCUAGGGCAAACGGCAUUCACCGGAGAUGUAGAUUUUUGUAUAAAUGGUGGCCAACGGCAACCGUACUGUAGCGGUGAUAAUAUUAGGCAAGCCCGCUGCAGUCAUUUCCUAAGCGUUUGCUACCUGGCGAAUGCCAUAUUCACUAGAGCACCCACAAUGGCGUUCCGGUGCUCUAACGGCUGUGUACGAAACAAUCGAAUACCAUUUCUGCCUGUACGGUACGCCAAGGGAAGCCGAAUUAGGAUAAGAUUUUUCCACAUCGGACAGGAUACACCAGACGAUGCAUCCGGAGGGUAUUGCAUCCACAUGCCAGAAGCUAUGAAUUGUCCAUUCAACUAAAGUGUUCACUAGAAACCAGUUACCUGAAUGUAAAAAGUGUAAAAAUGUGAUAUAUAUAAGUAGUGCGAGAAAUGGGAUUGUAGCUAAGUUGAACGUUCAGUAAAUAAUAAG